GGGACCAGGUCGCGGAACCCGUCCCUCUAUGCUGACGGGGCCGGACCGGACCAUCGUCUUCGUCGCCGCUGGCCAAGCCGGCCUGGGACGCUGCCACCCGGCUGCCGGAGUCGCGGGCUCGAGGCCCAGGCCUCACCAUGCCCGGAGUGAAGCUGACCACCCAGGCCUACUGCAAGAUGGUGCUCCACGGGGCCAAGUAUCCCCAUUGCGCCGUCAACGGACUCCUUGUAGCGGAGAAGCAGAAGCCCCGCAAAGAGCAGCCGGCGCACGGCGGCCUGAGCUCUCACCAGACCCUCUUCGUGGACUGUAUCCCCCUCUUCCACGGCACCCUGGCCCUGGCCCCCAUGCUGGAAGUGGCCCUCACCUUGAUUGAUUCAUGGUGCAAAGAUAAUAGCUAUGUAAUUGCUGGUUAUUAUCAAGCUAAUGAACGUAUAAAAGACGCCAGUCCAAAUCAGGUUGCUGAGAAGGUAGCUUCCAGAAUCGCAGAGGGUUUCAAUGACACCGCACUCAUCAUGGUAGACAACACAAAGUUUACAAUGGAGUGCAUAGAACCCACCAUUCAUGUGUAUGAGCAUCAUGAAAACAAAUGGAGGUGCAGAGAUCCACACUAGUUCAUCAUUUGUUGGGUGAUUUCUUUUCAACAAUCAUCUUAAUUAGGAGCAUCACAAAGCCCAGAACAGUUCCAAGUACAACCCAAACCAGAAUAAAAUGUCAUUGGGAAGUAGAUCACAAAAUUUUUUAAUGUGAUAAAUCCUGCAUAAUAUUAAUUUGUGGUUUUCUAAGUCACUUUGCACUCUCAGGGCUACCUCUAGAUCAUUUAGUAGUCCCUGUUUCUGGUGGAAUCUGAUCUUAAAUCGACAUUUUCACUUAAAAUUUGUCAGCUCAUUCUUCAAAUCUUCCAUAUAUUAUCUCUUUAUUAUUUAUUUACUAUUCUUUACAAUAAACUUUUCAGAGCAAGGAUUUAACUUUUCUGCAGCCCUGUUUCUGUGAAAUAUCUUCACACAUGUGCAUUCAGUCUCUAGGUUUUCCAUGUGUGUUUUUUGUAAUAUUUUGCUUAUAGAUGUUUUUCCCCAUCUCCUUUAAUUGAAAGAGUCAAUGACGUUUAUUUUCAUUUUGAAAAGACUAUUAAU